AUGCGAGAUGCUCUUCGCGGACGAAAAGAGCAGCCUAAAAGCGUGACCUUCUCUUUGGAGAAGGUUUCUGUUGCUGAAGAUAGUAAAAUACGUGAAGUUGAACCAGGAAAUAAUGAUAAAUCAAUCCAGAAACCGCUGCAUUCAUGGCCAUUCCCUGGUGACACGCAUACAAGGGCACGGGAGCUCAUCUACUUCAUGACUUCAGAAUCCGACUAUGUUUUUAGGCCGUUUCGUACUGUCUGGUUCUCAAUGGCCUUGACAGAUGCAACCGCCCUCCAACUAUGCCUAGCCAAUGCAGCCAUGUUCAUGGCACAAAGACGGCAGCCAGGAAUGUUUCAGUACGAUAAAUGCACAGAGGCAUUGGAAUAUUAUGGCAGAAGUCUUUGUCAGGUCACCAAGCGACUUGAGAACAGUAUUGAUUGUACUAGUACAGGUGUCCUUGUGACAGUUCUAGGAUUCAUUUGUCACGAUCUUUAUGUUGGAAUAUGGGAUCGUUGGGCAGCGCAUAUGAAUGGCCUGCGCCGAAUCAUACAACUUUGUGGGGGAUACAAGAAUAUCAGCCAUAACCUGACGCUCUGGGCAUCAUGGUAUGAUAUUCUGGGUUCUGCUAACCGCGAUACAUACCCUCAAUUCCCGGUGUUCAUGUGUGACAUUGAACCUUCGACAUAUCCUGUCACGCUACGGACUCCGCUAUUGCAACAAAUCGAACGUGUACUUUUUAACCAAAAGUUUAUACUCAACUGUUUGUGUAAGGUUCAAGGCAUUGCCAAUAUCAUCAAUAAUCAUUAUCAGAAUCCCGAUUUUUGGAGACGAGAAGACGACCUAAGCCCUCUCUACAUGCUAGGUCCUAUCACCCAUGAACUACUUUCGAUGCAUCGACUAGAUGUCGAAUGUGACUAUGAUUCCGAGGUUGUCUUUGACUCGACACAAAUUUCUCGCGAGAUACUACGGUUAUCGAUGCUCAUCCUUCUAGCUGCCUUGAAGACAAUGUACUCCUUUAUCGUCGAUGAGUCGGAGGAAUUGAAUAUCUUAUCGACCAAGUUCUCCAGACUUCUGACCCUAGACCGAUCAAGACCCUCUUUGCUAAAUAAGGAUGGGAUACUUCACACUCUCCAACUUCAACUAUGGGCUAUGCUCACCGUCGCUACUCUGCAACCACUUUCAGCAAGCCGCACGCUAUACGUGACAGAGAUUCGCAAAUGCAUGAACCUUCUAGGAAUGGUAUCAGCUACUGAUGCUUUCCAACUAGCCCGCGAUAUUGCUUGGAUUGAUGUUGUCGCAGGCACAACCUUGGGAAACGAGCCACUUAUCAAUGCAAUCAACAACGCGCCGCUGCUGACCUGA